AUGAAAAACGGAGCUAUUGUAAAUAAGAUGGCUCGAGUCAUGACUCAGGUUUUCGUUCUGAUAUUUCUUCUUCAAGGUGUUCAUUCCCGAACGUCACGAAACAAAUCGAAUAUCGCUAAACCGGGACAAAACCUCGCAUCUCCCCCGGUUACGCUUAAGAAAAUUGGCCUUAACCAAGUUGUCGUUGAUAAUGGUAUCAUCCAAGUCACCUUCUCGAAUCCAUCAGGCUUAAUAACUGGAAUCAAGUAUAAUGGUUUUAACAAUGUGUUGAACGAUGAAAUCGAGGAUCGCGGGUAUUGGGAUGUAGUAUGGUAUGAACCAGAAAAAAACCCGCAAACAGAUUUUUUGAAAGGAGAAAAAAUCGAUAUUAUAAAUCAAACAAGUGAGCAUGUCGAAAUUUCAUUUUCAAGAACAUGGACUAUGGCUCGACGUGGCUCGAUAGCCCCAUUAAACGUUGAUAAAAGAUAUAUUAUUCGACGCGGUGUAUCUGGAGUGUAUAUGUACGCUGUGUUAGAGAGGUUAAAAGGCUGGCCGCAAGUGGAGAUGGACCAAACUAGAAUUGUCUUCAAGCUUGACACAACAAAAUUCGAUUUUAUGGCUAUAUCAGAUAAUCGGCAGAAAGUUAUGCCUUCUGAUGCAGAUCGAAAUAUCAACAAUGGCAUUGCCGCUCCAUUGGCUUACAAAGAAGCGGUUCGGUUGAUGAAUCCACAAAAUCAUACGCUUAAAGGGCAGGUUGACGAUAAGUAUAUGUACUCGAUAGAAAGCAAGGACAACAAAGUACAUGGUUGGAUCUCUUCUGACCAACGUGUCGGCUUCUGGAUGAUUACUCCUAGCGAUGAGUUCCGUGCUUGUGGGCCCGUCAAACAAGAUCUCACUUCUCAUGUUGGACCCACUGUACUUUCUAUGUUUACAAGUGUACAUUACGUGGGAAAAGAAAUGAAUACAGCUUAUGCAAGCAGUGAGCCGUGGAAGAAAAUGUUCGGUCCUGUUUUUGUUUAUCUCAAUUCUCCCUCCUCUAGUGAUCUCCUUUGGACGGAUGCUAAACGACAGAUGGCUGCCGAGGUUCAAAGCUGGCCUUAUGACUUCGUGAAGUCAGUUGAUUACCCUCUUCACCACCAAAGAGGAACAGUCGAGGGUCAACUAUUUGUCACGGACAGUUACAAAAGCAAGUCGAAGUUAUACGGGGAGUUUGCUUUUGUGGGUUUAGCACUACCUGGUCAAGCUGGUUCAUGGCAAACCGAAAACAAGGGAUAUCAAUUUUGGACACGAGCAGACAAAAUGGGGAGGUUCGCAAUAGCAAAUGUGAGACCAGGAAGUUAUAGCCUCUACGCAUGGGUUGUCGGAUUUAUUGGAGACUAUAAAUACGAGCGCGACAUUAUCAUCACACCAGGCAAGGAGAUAAACGUAGGACCAAUAGUGUACGAGCCGCCAAGAAAUGGUCCGACGCUGUGGGAAAUCGGGGUACCGGAUCGGACCGCAGCAGAAUUCAAUAUUCCAGAUCCGGAUCCAACCCUUCUGACCAAACUCUAUCUUAGUAACGCAAAUCCUUCUCAAGACAGAUUUAGACAAUAUGGUCUAUGGAAUCGUUACAGUGUUUUGUAUCCUCGAAAAGAUCUUGUUUUUACUGCUGGAGUAAGUGACUAUAAAAAAGAUUGGUUCUAUGCACAUGUCAACAGAUAUUCUGGAAAAGAGAAAUACCAAGCAACGACAUGGAAAAUAGUGUUCAAUUUAAAAACAAUGAUUAAAACAGGAAAUUACACACUUCGAAUGGCUUUGGCUGCAGCCACGAAUGCGGAUUUAUUUGUUCGGGUUAACGAAGCUAAUUCCAAUCCUAUUUUCACGAGCGGGUUAAUAGGUCGGGAUAACGCGAUCGCUAGGCAUGGAAUUCAUGGUCUAUACAGAUUGUACAGUAUCGAUGUUCAAAGAAAGUUGCUUAGGGUUGGUGAUAAUACAUUUUUUCUUACUCAAAAUCGGAAUACUAGUUUGUUUACAGGUGUUAUGUACGACUAUCUUCGUUUGGAAGGUCCAUAUUAAGUAUAAUUAAUAAAUUAAUAAAAGAUGAGUG